UAAAAUUACAGUUGCUUUUGGGAAGACAACUUCCAACAAAAAAUUCCCAGAAUGAGAGGGCGCAGCAUGAUGGGAACUCUAAAAUUGCAGAUCAAAACAUUAUUGAUCCAAAAUCAAGCAUCCCAAAACAAACAAACAAUACAUCGAAAGAUGGCUGCGAAGAAUUCGCGUACAAAUAUUGACCAAAAAAAGCUUAUCAAUCCGAUUCCUCCCGAACCCAACGAGUGUGAUUCGGCCAAGCCAUGUGACCACGGAAAGCCCACUGAAAAGCCAGAAAAAUCUGAAGAUGUUUCACAUCAGGAUUCUCAGGAUCCUAGGCCACGUGACCAGAAAAAGUCUACCCCGGGGUUAGCCCCAACUAAUAGCCAUUUUCAGAUAAGCCCUGAAAAUCCUAAAAUUGAACCUGUAGAUCUCUUACAUCAGGAUCCUCAAGAGUCUAAACCAUGCGACCAGCACAAGUCCAAUAUGGCCUUAACUGAAGCUUAUCCACAGAUUCAGAUGGAUGCUGUAAAGCCUAAAGAUGAACCUGUAGAUCAGGAUCCUGAAGAUCGUAUACCAUGUUACCAGGAAAAGCUUACUGCGGUGUUAACUGAAGCAACCCAAGCUAUUCUCCAUUAUAAGAUAGAUCCUGAGAAGCCCACAAAUGAACCUAUAGAUCUUUCCCAUCCGGAUCCUCAAGCUAAUACCCUUUUUCAGAUGGGCCAUGAAAGCCCUAAAGUCGAGCCUGUAGAUCUCUCACAUAAGGAUGUUCAAGAUCCUAUUCCAUGUAACCAGGAAAAGCUCACGACGGGGUUAACUGAAGAGUCCCCAGCUAUUCCGCAUUAUAAGAUAGAUCCUGAUGAACCUAUAGAUCUUUCCCAUCCGGAUCCUCAAGCUAAUACCCAUUUUCAGAUGUAUCCUGAAAACCUUAAGGAUGAACCACUAGAUCUCUCAUACCAGAAUACAAAGGGUUUAGCUAAAGCAUCCCCAGCAAAGCGCUGUUUUCAGAUGGACCUCGAUUACCCUACAGAUGAACCUCUAGAUCUUUCACUAAAAAAUCCUCAAGAUCCUAAGCCAUGUGACCAUGUGGUUCCUGAAAAGCCUCAAGAUUUACCUCUAGAUCUUUCGCAUCCAAAACGUGACAAGAAAGAACUGCUUAAAAAACAGUAUUUAGCUACAAGAAACUUAAAACCGCUGGGCCCGCCGCCUGAGCCUCAUUUCUUUUCUAUGUCCACCUCAAAAUGGGCGCUUAUAAAUUUGGGGAAGGCAUGUGCUGAGGAGAAACCCAGUAGCCAGCUGAUUUCUAAUGAUCUAAGCGAUCCCGGCCCUGCGGCCUCACAUUCCAAGAAUUUGAAAUCCCAGGAUGGUAAGAUGAAAAUGGAUCCCGUAGAUCAUGUGCUUCCUAUAUCCACCCCAAAUCUGGAAAAUAUAACUUCGUGGCAGGCAUUUGCUGAUGAAAAGCCCAUUAGCCAGCCCGACACUGAUGAUGCGUUAAUUGAUCUCCUAAGCGAUCCCGGUUGUCCGUCCUCACAUUCCAGCUACCCAAGAUCCCAGGAUGGUAGCAAGAAAUUGCGUUUUCCUUGUUUGCGGCAGCUUGAUCUGCCUUCGAAGAAGGAUGAGGAGCCAGAAGCCAGUCUUAGUACCUUGGCUACUGAGCAAGUUCCCGACAGCAAGGAGGACUACAUGAGGCAGUGGCUCUUGGCCGUGACUGAAGCAAGCUUGUCGGAGGAUCAGAGUCCCAAGGAAUGUGAGGAAGAGCUAAAGCCUCUUAUUGAAUUUCCUGAUAGCGACGAAGAGGAGUUGGCCGAUGGGACAAAUCCCUUUGCCAAUGAUAUGAUAGAUGCACAGGAUCCUCCAAAACUCGAGGUCCUAAGUGCUGAACAGGCGGAGGAGCGAAUGGAUGACUAUAUAAAGCGAUUGCGGUUCCGAGUGGCAAUUCCAGAAUGCUGUUUGACGGAUGACAUAUCUAGGGUGGAUAGACCCAGUGAUGCCGUCGUCUUGGGCCAGAAGCUGCCCACCUUGCGUCUGCUGGACAACUGCAAGGAAAAGGAUUUCAUCGAGAUCUCCGUGUGCAAAGUGUAUAGCCCCUUUCAGUUUUGGUUCCAUUUCGUGAACCAGACGCACGACACCGGGAUGCUGGACAUAAUUACCCGCGACAUGAACACGUUUUAUAAUCAUAAGAAGGACCCCAAGUACAGCACCCCCGUAUCGAGUUACUACCUAAAAGCCGGCUAUAUUUGCGCUGCAAAUCACCGGAACGGGUGGCGACGGGCCAGAAUAUUGAUCACACCGCCAAAAGAUGCCGAAUGGGUAUCCAUUUACUAUGUGGAUUAUGCAUCGGCAGCUGAAGUAUCGCCGGAUGAUUUGAAAUUCCUGCCCGAGUUUUUUGCGGAUACGCCGAUACUGGCUGCCCGGGGCACUCUCUCGCACAUCCAUCCAUUGGACAUUCACUGGCCACAGGAUAGUACGCAGCAAUUCCGGCGCUUGGUGUUCAGGAGGCACGUGCACGCCCACGUCGUCGAAUUGGAUGCGGAGGAGGGCAUACUCUUUAUGCGGCUCUCGCAGAACAAAGACUUUAAGCCCUCGAUCAACAGAAAGCUGGUCGAUGCCAAGUUGGCUGGGGAGAGCAAACACUACACUCAGGAGCUUAUCAAAUACAACUGCGGAAGAAGACUUCGUUACCUGCGAGAGCGAUUGCCCAGCUUUGAAAUUCUGGAGGCGCGGUUGAUUCCCCUCAAGGAUGAAGAGUUCGAAAUGGAGUUCGAUGAUAUCAUAUAUUCUCCCUCCUUCUACAAGCAUUACCAGCUGCCCAAGCUGACGAAUCCCUUCCGUUCUAGGCUCCUGGAAGCGCUGGCCGCUUGGAUGCCCGGCUAUCGAAAGGAUCAGGAGCACUGGUGCCGGAUUUACAGAGAGGCCAAUAAAAAAAUAAGGGAGAAAGCGUUGGAAAGACAGAAGACGGCUCUUGAGAGGUAUGAUAAAAUGGUUGCUGAGCGCGACGAAGAAGAAAGGCAAAUUCUUCGGAGGAAUCUAAAGCAUCCGAAGACCAAAAGAGAGUUUAUGCUGUUCCUUCAACUAAGGGCCGCAGAGGGUCCAAAGAAAGAAGAGCACACAGAUCCUGUAGAGCAAACGGUGCAAGUAAAUCCAGCUGAGCAUGGAGUGGAAAAAGAUCUACAAGACCGAAGUGAGAAAAAGGUUACAACACAGCCAGCUGAGGAGAAAAAUCCAGAAGACCAAAAGGAUGAAGACUUAAAGGACCUUGCACAGAACAAAAAGGAAGAACAUAAUGCGGAAAAUCAAAAAGGAGAAAUGGAAUCACCGGAGGAGGCAGACCAAAAACACCCUGGACUAAAAGAGAAUGAGCAUCAGAAAAAGGUAGUGGAGUCCAAGGAGGAAGUAGACCAAAAAGAUCCUGCAGAGAAAAAGGAGGAAAUACAGUCAAAGGAGGAUGUACACCAGGUUGAUCCAGAAGAGCGAAAUGAACAUCAAGAGGAAGCAGACUCCAAGGAGGAAGUAGACCAAAGAGAUCUUAAAGAGAAAAAUGAGGAGAUACAGUCAAGGGCGGAAGUACACCAGAUUGAUCCAGAAGAGAAAAAGGAAAAUCAAGAGGAAGUAGACUCCAGGGAUGAUGUUGACCAAAGAGAUCAUGAGAAGGGAAAGGAUGAAGUGGGGCAAAGAGAUCCUGACGAAGAAAAUGAGGAAAUACAGUCAAAGGAAGAAAUUGACCCAAUGGAUCCAGAAGAGAAAAAAAUGGAACCUCCAACAGAGGAAGCAAUAUCCAAGGAAAACCAAAGAAAUCCAGAAGAAAAAUAUGAGGAAAUACAGUCAAAGGAAGAAAUACACCAGAUGGAUCAAAAAGAGCAAAGGAAUAUAAAUACUACAGAGAAAGUGGACUCCAAGGAGGAAGUAUACCAAGGAGAUCUUAAAGAGAAAACGGAGGAAGUAAACCAAACCGAUCCGGAAGAGGCAAAUAAUGAACAAAACCAGCCGGAUCCAGAAACGGAAAAGCAGGAUGUUCAAGCACAGCCAAUAGAGCAAGAAAAGCAAAUAGAAGAACUAUCAAAAGAUUAAGAACAGUUACAGAUCAAAGAUGCCUUUAAAAACUCAUUGUCUUCCGCAUGUUACUUGUGGAGUCGAUCCCUAAAAUCGCACAUUUUUAAAAUGCCUCUACCCAUCUAUAUUGAAUUUCACCCAUAUCCAUCUCAACUUGACAAACUUUACUUAACUACCAAUAUGUUUGUUCUUAAUCUUAAUGCAGACUUUGAAAAUUAAUUUAGUCACUUAAGUUUAUGUUAAACAAUACAAUAUAUUUGUUGUAUUCAA